AUUCCAGUUGUGGGUAAAUUCUUUUCGUCUUUAUUUAUCUGGGUUUUUGCUUGUUUUCGUGUAGCAUCUGAUUUCUAAUAAACUUAUUUAAGCUUGUAGUUCCUAUCUGCACGUAUAGUCAUAUAGAUAUAUGCUUGUACCAGUAAAUCUUGAAAUCCAAUUACCCACUACUGCUCUUUGAUUAAAUUUCGAUUCUUUAUUCAUGUGUUCUCAAGGGACUGAAAAUUUCAGGGGAUGGCGAAGUCUUGCAGCGGGCUGGCAGAUGAGUUAGUCAAGUGUCUAAGUGAGUGUGAUUGCGUCAAGGUUGAGAAGCGUUCGUUCAGGGAAUGUGCUGGAGAGAAGAGCCCUUCUAUAUCAAGCGAAUGUAUUGGUCUCAGGGAAACAUAUUUCAAUUGCAAGAGAGGCCAGGUUGACAUGAGAAAUAGGAUUCGGGGCAACAAAGGCUAUUGAUUAGCGGUAAUGUAAUGCUUUACCAAGUCAUGAAAUAAAGUUUUCUACUUCAAUAGUAGAAGCUAAAGUUUAAAUCUUGAUAUAGCAAAGUUUUCAUCUUGUAUUGAAGUUUUGUGCUUUAGUAGUAGAAGCUAAUGUCUGCUGAAUUAUGAAAUUACUUUUGCAGUUGAGCUGAAGUUUUUGUUUCAUAGUAUAUAAUUAUCUGUGGUUCACUUUUCU